AUGCAAAGCAAUUCACAACCUGUUGCGCUUUACAAUAAAGGUUUGACCGGUUAUUGGCACGAUGUUUGCGAGGAGAUGAAAAAUUCGGGAUGGUGUAUUAGACUUAUCGAAUCUACCCAAGGAACUCCUGGCGAUAUAACUCUCCCAAAACCAAAUAUCACGUUUCUCUGUUUCAACGAUGAACUUUGGAAUUCUUGUGAAUCUGAAAACGAUAUAAAUGAAUUCAUCGAAAACUUAUCCAACAGGAUCCAAAGGUCGAUUCAACGUCACCACAAAGCCAUCCUAUUGCUUCACAUUGAGAAUGAAGAUAUUCAAUUGUUAUAUGAAAUUCAAACACGACUUCUGGCAUUCUGCGUCAAUAUCAACAUUCUUCCCGUUCACAACCCGAAGGAGACGACGACCUUACUGCGUAUAUUUUACGAUGGAUUGCUUCCUGAAAAUAAGCCACAAAUUGCUCGACAUUUAGACAAUGUUAUUCACGAUAAGAAAAUGUGCGACCCAACAAAUUUAACAAGUACCAACAAAUGGAUUCAUCUCGUUACCCAAAUGUCAGCUGGAACCAGGAAGCUUCGAGUGCACGAUUGUUACGUUCUGCAAGAGGGUCUUCAAACGCUAUAUAAGAUGGCGACGGCUACUGAAUCACAAUUAUUGAAUUGUUCGUUGAAUACAGAAACUGCGCAUGACAUUUUUGAAAAGUUAUAA